GCCUUCAAUGUUCCGGCUGCAAGUGCAGGAGACCGUGAAGGUGCAGGAGGGCCUGUGUGUGCAUGUGCCCUGCAAAUUCUCCCACCCCCGACGAGAAUACACUGACGAUGACCCAGCUUAUGGCUACUGGUUCCAGGAAGGGAGUGGUCACAGCCAGAAUGUUCUAGUGGCCACAAACAACCCCGAUCGAGAAGUGCAGGAGGAGACCCAGGGCCGAUUCCACCUCCUCGGGGACCCCCGGGACGACAACUGCUCCCUGGACAUCAGAGAUGCACAGAGAAGGGACUCGAGGACAUACUUCUUUAGGGUGGAGAGAGGGUCUUAUGUGAAAUAUAAUUACCUACAGAACCAGCUCUCCGUGCGUGUGACCGCUCUGACACAGAUACCUGACAUCCACAUCCAGGGGCCCCUAGAAUCUGGCCGCCCCAAGAACAUUACCUGUAGCAUGCUAUGGGCCUGUAAGAGGGGGACACCCCCCACCUUCUCCUGGAUCGGGGUCGCCCUCACCUCCAGGGGCUGCAAGACUCCCCACUCCUCCGUGCUCACCCUCACCCCGAGGCCCCAGGACCACGGCACCAACCUUACUUGUCGAGUGGCCUUCCCCGGAGCUGGUGUGAACACGGAGAGGACCAUCCAGCUCAACGUGUCCUGUGAGUGCCAGAGACACUAUUUUCCACACCUGUGUCUGUGGAAGGGCAGAGGGAGAGAAGGGGCUCUCAGCCCUGCCCUUCGGGCUUUUCUCUGUCCCCUAGUCCCAGAGGUCCUGGGCAAUGCCACUUCUCGUCGAGUUCAGGAGGGCCAGUCCCUGUGCCUGGUCGUUGACACAGGUGACAACUUCCCUACCAGGCUGAGCUGGUCCUGGGGAAGCCUGACCCUGAGCCCCUCCCAGCCCUCAAACCCCGGGGUCCUAGUGCUGCCCCCGACGGUCUUGGGUGAUGGAGGAGAACUCACCUGCCUAGCUCCACACUUGUGGAACUCCUACCAUGUUUCCCCGAACCUAGUUGUGCAGGGUAUCUCCUGUUCCUGCCCCCAAAUCUCUGGGGAGCAGUGGAGCCCCUGGCCUCUAAUCCUCACCCUACUGAGAGGGACCCUCAGGCGGGCUGGCUUCCUUUUCACCUAUGGCCUCACCAGGAUCUACUACACCAGGUUCAGAGGCUCCAAAGAGGAUAAGGCUGCAAAUUGUGACUGAGCCCUCUUCCUCAUGGUGGUGCCGCUGUCCGGUGGAUGAGGGUCUGUCAAACCACUGCAUCCUGAGACUCACCCCUGUACAACUCUGUGGAGCAAGGAGGUCCUGGAGGACUGGACCCUGCCUCCUCUCCAGAAAUAACGUCUCUCUACCUCUGGUCGUUAAGACUCUUCCAGCUGGUUCUGAAUCUGUGGUGGGGAGGGCGAGUGAGGACAUAGAUAGAUUUUUGUUAUUAUUAAUUUGAAUUAUGCAUACCCCAUGUAAUAUAUUGCUUCUGUGUGUUUAUCUUGGAUAAGCCCCAAAUUCAACCCCAUAAUAUAUUGUUAUAAAUCUCAUAUUAUUUUUAAAACAGAAUUUUAAAGAGAUUUUUUAAUUAGAAAAAUAAGCUAUUUCAUAUUUAUCCACAUAUUAACCAUUCCAUGGCUCUUCAUUCCUUUGUAUACAUUCAGGUUUCUCUG